AUGGCUCGUGCUGGUGAUGGGCUUACACAGCAAUACUGCUCAAGCGAGAAUACUGGAUCUGACUACAGUGCUGUCUACAACAUAUACCAGUCGAAUGGUGCGUGUCUAACACAAUGCAACAACCAGAACUACGCCUUUGCCAUUGUGCAAUAUCAGAACUGCUGGUGCUCCAAUUACACACCAUCAAACCAGCAGAACACGGGCAGCUGUAGUGAAAAGUGUCCCGGCUACCCAGAUGAUCUUUGUGGCAACUCAAACGCAGGAUUGUUCAGCUAUCUCAAAGCCAAUGGCAACCCAUCUGGAACAGCCGGUGGAUCCUCGUCUCAAGCGAGUAGCACAUAUUCGCCACCAUCGUCGAGUGCCCCGCCAUCUACCCAGCCGUCAAGCACCUCACAGUCGCAGCCGACCAGCUAUUCACAAACAUCAAGCACGGUGCCGUCCUCGACAUCAUCGCCACCGAGCCCGACUUCAUCACCUCCAAGCUCGACUUCAUCAACGAGCACCACGGCAGCGCCUGUGCCAGUGGCUGUCACGACCAAGGCUUCAAGUCUUGAAUCGACGACGACCUAUACCCCGACACCAAUCACGAGCGUUCAGACUGUCAUGAUAUCUGGAGCUGUGGUCACGCAGACCGUGACCUCAACACCAACUGUGGCACCCGCCAGUAGUCCCGAGUCGCAGCCGCUCCAGCGGAAGCAAUUGUCUGGUGGUGCUAUUGCUGGUGCCGUGAUUGGUACCUUGCUCGGUGUGGCUGCAAUCGUCAUUGGAGGCCUCCUGCUGUGGCGACGAAGGAAGCAGAACGACGACGAUGCGGAGGGCGCCGGCAAUCAUGCAUUUAGCCCUCGACGCAACAAGAGCGUACUUAGCAAGACAGGGCUCUUGUCUCGUGGCCGGGCGGUCAGCAUGACUGAGCGUGACGGCGAUGACUACACGAACAAUGGCAUCGCAACGGGUAAUAAUAGUGUCCGCCACUCGAUGCUGUUUGGUGCCGGUGCUGCAGGAGAAGGCGUCAGUCCUGUCAGUCCACUUGGCAGUAGCCACGAGGUCGAAAGCAACAGACGAUAUAGCCGACCAAUGGUGUACGACCAACGGCUGAACCCAUCAGCACUAUUCGCGAACGCUGAGGCGAAUGGCAGCCGCGUAUCAAUACAAGACAACGCCGACUACAGUCGACCUUUGGGCGUCGCAAACCCAGAUAUGCGAGGGAGCUUCGACUCCCGUAUCAGCCGUGCAUGA